UUUUGCACUGCUACAGCUAGCCAUUUAUCGAAAAUGACCAAGGCUACAGAAACGGCAACUUUUUUUGCGAUAAUUUCGGCGAUUUACUUCACUUUCCUCUUCGGUAUUAUUCCAUUACCAGAAAUCGUUCAACGAGAGAUUUUACCUGUGCUACCGUGGUGGGCGCUCAUAACUUUUGGAUCAUAUUCGCUUGGAAACAUUGGAUACCAUGUAUAUAGAUUUAGAGAUUGCGAAGAUGCAUAUCACGAAUUGAUGGCGGAAAUUCAACUUGCCAAAGAGGAUCUAAGGAGCAAAAAUGUUUCAACCGAAGAUAACGUAUUAG